AACAUACAAUAAACGGAGACUUUCAAUAACGACCCCUAGUAAAAUGAAUAAACAAUAAUUAAUGAAGGCGAAAGUUGUAACGAAAUAUACAAAAUAAUCACUGAUAUGAUAGGGAAUAAUCCCCACAACCUUUUGUUUUAUUUGUUUUCCUUCCAUCACGGUGUUCAGUGCAGCGAUAUUUGAGUGUGUGUCAAACAUUGUCGACAAUUUUCGUGAUUUUUUCCAGUUCAUUUGUACCUGAGACACAAAUAUAGCAUUUAAACGAAAAUGAAACCUUUCGCGGUUGGCGGUGCUGGCGGUGGCAGCUUGGAAUGUAGUAAACUUAUUACGGAAAAUAUCAAUCGCUUAUUUGCCAAUCGUGAACCUUGGCAAGUUGCCACAAUAACAACCACAGCUGUACUCAGUUCGGUAUGGCUGUGGAGUUUUAUUAAUCAGGAUGAAAGCAUUUAUACCCGCGGCAAAAGGCAAUUCUUUCGUUAUUUGAAAAAAGUUCCUGCCGUUCGACGUAAAAUCGAAUCGGAAUUAUCAAAAGCCAAUCAAGAUUUUAAGGGUGAAAUAGCCAAGUUAACCGGAACCCUGGAGUAUUGUUUGCAAUUGCCCGAAAAUGGUUUGAGCAAAGAAGAAAUCUUAGAACUAAUGGAUGAGCAUUUAAAAUUGGGUCACUACGAUUGGCGUGAUGGCCGCGUCUCCGGGGCUGUCUAUGGUUACAAAGAAGAUUUGGCUGAACUUGUGACUCAGGUCUAUGGCAAAGCAUCCUAUACGAAUCCCCUGCAUCCGGAUAUUUUCCCCGGUGUAUGUAAAAUGGAAGCUGAAGUUGUGAAAAUGGCAUUGGCUCUAUUCCAGGGUGAUGAGAAAUGCUGUGGCACUAUGACCACUGGAGGCACGGAAUCCAUUGUGAUGGCCUGCAAGGCAUAUCGUGAUUACGCCCGUGAGCAUAAGGGUAUUACCCAACCUAAUAUGGUUGUACCUAAAACAAUCCAUGCUGCCUUUGAUAAGGCCGGACAAUAUUUCAAUAUUCAUGUAAAUUAUGUGGAUGUUGAUCCCAAGACCUUGGAAGUUGACAUGAAGGCCUUCAAGAAGGCCAUUAAUAAAAAUACAAUUAUGCUCGCUGGAUCAGCCCCCAAUUUUCCCUAUGGCACCAUGGAUGACAUUGAGGCCAUUGCCGAGUUGGGUUUGAAAUAUGACAUUCCAGUACAUGUUGAUGCUUGUCUGGGUAGUUUUGUGGUUGCCUUGGCCCGCACAGCUGGCUAUAGGGUUAAGCCAUUUAAUUUCUCCGUCAAAGGUGUUACCAGUAUCUCGGCGGACACACACAAAUACGGCUUUGCUCCCAAGGGCUCAUCAUUAGUAUUAUAUUCUGAUGUUAAAUACCUGAAUCAUCAAUACACCGUUACCACAGAUUGGCCCGGCGGUGUUUAUGGCUCACCCACCGUAAAUGGUUCCAGAGCUGGUGGUAUUAUUGCCGCCUGUUGGGCAACAAUGAUGAAUUUCGGUUUCAAUGGCUAUUUGGAGGCUACCAAACGUAUCUUGGAUACAUCACGUUAUGUGGAAACAGCUCUACGUAAAGUUGAUGGCAUUUUCAUUUUCGGCAAACCCGCUACCUCUGUUGUUGCCAUGGGCUCAAAUGUAUUUGAUAUCUUCCGUUUGUCGGAUGCUUUGUGCAAAAAGGGUUGGAAUUUAAAUACACUGCAAUUUCCUUCAGGUAUUCACAUCUGCAUUACCGAUAUGCAUACAGCACCUGGUGUUGCAGAUCGUUUCAUUGCCGACGUGCGCGAAGCUGUUGCCGAAAUUAUGAAAGAUCCCGGUCAGCCAGUUUCCGGCAAAAUGGCAUUAUAUGGUAUGGCCCAAGCUAUUCCCGAUCGUUCGAUUGUUGGCGAAGUUACACGUUGCUAUAUCAACAGCAUGUAUUCCAUUCCCUCAAAGAAAUGAUGGCGACAAAACAUUGUGACAUUGUGAUCAAUUAACAUAUGGUCAUUCAUAGGAAAAGCAAAGGAACACAAACAUAUAUUUUUUUAUAAAAGAAAAUUAUUAGUUUAUUUUCUGUUAUUUACUACUUAAAUGUAUUUAAGUGUUUAUUAUUUUUGUAUUUUGAGAAGAUUGUUAAAUAAAUAUACGAUAUAUUUUUCUAAAAUAUAA